CUCCCUACGUCCCGCCCCGUCCGGCCGCGGCGUAGCUCUCUCAGCUAUCCCCGCCGCGCCUGGGACGCCAGGUCCCUAGACUUGUCAGCGCGCCGGGUUCAGCCAUGGGGCCCACCGUUCGCCCCUCGCUGAAGUCGCCUCCGACUCCGCCACCUCCGCCAGCCCCGUCGCCGCUGCUACUGCUGCUGCCUCUGCUGCCGCUGUGGCUGGGCCUGGCGGGGCCCGGGGCCGCGGCUGACGGCAGCGAGCCGGCCGCUCGAGUGGGGCGGGGCGGAGCCCGCGCAGUGCGGGUGGACGUGAGGCUGCCGCGGCAGGACUCUCUGGUCCUGGAGGGCGUCAGGAUCGGCUCCGAAGCCGAGCCGGCGCCCCAGCUGGGGGGCCGCCUGCUGCUGAUGGACAUCGUGGAUGCUGAGCAAGAGGUGCCGGUAGAAGGCUGGAUCGCAGUGGCAUAUGUGGGCAAGGAGCAGGCAGCUCAAUUUCACCAGGAGAAUAAGGGCAGUGGGCCGCAGGCCUGUCCCAAGGCCCUGGUCCAGCAGAUGCAACGGGCCCUCUUCCUGGGAGCCUCUGCCCUACUGCUCCUCAUCCUGAACCACAACGUGGUCCGAGAGCUGGACAUAUCCCAACUUCUGCUCAGACCUGUGAUUGUCCUCCAUUAUUCUUCCAAUGUCACCAAGCUGUUGGAGGCACUGCUGCAGAGGACCCAAGCCACAGCUGAGAUCACCAGUGGAGAAUCCCUGUCAGCCAACAUCGAGUGGAAGCUGACCCUAUGGACCACCUGCAGCCUCUCCAAGGAUAGUUAUGGAGGAUGGCAGGACUUGGUAUGCCUGGGAGGCAGUCGUGCCCAGGAGCAGAAGCCUCUGCAGCAGCUGUGGAAUGCCAUUCUGCUAGUGGCCAUGCUCCUGUGCACAGGCCUUGUGGUCCAGGCCCAGCGACAGGCAUCUCGGCAGAGCCAACAGGAGCCCAGCGGUCAGGUGGACCUGUUCAAGCGGCGUAUAGUGCGGAGACUGGCAUCCCUUAAGACCCGGCGCUGCCGUCUCAGCAGGGUAGCGCAGGGCCACCCAGAGCUGGUCACUGAGACCUGUGCUGUGUGUCUGGACUACUUCUGCAACAAACAGUGGCUCCGGGUACUGCCCUGUAAGCAUGAGUUCCAUCGAGACUGUGUGGACCCCUGGCUGAUACUCCAGCAGACUUGUCCGCUGUGCAAAUUCAAUGUCCUAGGUGCCUGGACUACUUCUGCAACAAAGAGAAGGCAGAGACCAGGUUUACCCCUUGGUACUUGCUGUGAGAAUAGUAAGAUUUCUUCACCUGGCCCAGGUGCUAGAAGCUUCUCUUUGUGAUGUGCUCUCCUUUCCCCAAGUCUAUCAAGAGGGAGUCGGGAAGCUCCCUGCCUACUGAUGGCCCACAGUGCCAGGUCUCUGCUCGCUGAAGACCUGCAUGGUGUGGCCUCAGCCUCCAGUCUGGGCAGGGAAGGAAGGACUCUUUGUCCAGUUUAGCCAUUCUGUGAGGCCAAGAUCAUCUUGGUUAGAUGGCUGGGCCUUUAUUUCAUUGGGAGUUGCCAGCUACUUGUCCUCUAUCCCCACCUCUGCCACAGCCUACAAGGGUGGUUCCUGGGGCUGGUUUGCAGUACCCGCCUGGCCCCGGCUUGGUGACAGUCUCCUCCUCAGCUUGGCCAAGGUCCGGAUGGGGUUCUGGGUACAGAUGGCAGAGUGGGUCAUGUCCUCCAGGGAGGAUUUAUUGGGCCAGGUGGAGGGCUGCCGAGGUGGGGAUGCUCGAGACUGGCCUGGCAGAGUCCUGCCUGCACUGCUUGUCCUGCUGCCAGGAGGGUGCCACCUGCCUAGAGGCCUGAGGGAAGACAAGAUCACAAAAUCCCCUGUGAGCAAGGGGGUCUAUACCACUCCAUCUGUCCUACAUUUGACAAAGACUCACUCACCCUGGGGAUGUACUCUGGGCCUGGGCCCGGGAUGCUGCUCCUUGGGUUCCCUUGCUGGGAGGGGACCAGAGCUGGUCCUGUGGAAUCAUCUGUAAAGAAGGCCAAGCUCUGUACCCUACCCACUGUACAAAGAGGGUGUCUUAGUAGGGACAGGGAGGGAAAGCCUGAACUCAUAGUCCCUUCCACUAAGUGGUAUGACCUAGGAAGCUGUCCAGGGCUUUCCUCAGCAGCAAACCCUCAGGCAGGCAGUAUAUAUGGGAAGGUUCCUCUGACAUUUGAUGGUAUUAAAGUCUCUAAGGGGAUUUGGAGAUAGAGGACACUGGAACUUUAACAUCCUCACACCUUGAGUGAAGUUUCACAAAAGCACUGCUUAAAUACCAAAUGAAGAUGGCUUUCAGCAGGCUCCCAGGCAACCUGAAGAUAUCAAUGGGUAGAGGCCUCCUCUAAGUCCCAAAGGGUCACCCUCUCAGACCCACCUUGAGGGCCCCCUGCUGGGCAACCUCAUGGAUUUUGGACAGCAUUGACUGGAGCCGCCCGUUCUCCUCCUGCAGGACCCGGAUGCGGAUGUCAUUGGCCUGCACCUGCCUCUCCAUGUCAUCUGUGACGUUGCCAGAGUCUGUGGAGACAUGAUAUCUGGGACCCCA